CCGGCCGCCGCGCUGCCCGCGCUCCCGCGUCCCUGCGCGCUCUGCUGGCCGCCGCGGCGCUGCGGCCGGGCUCGGCAGGCUUGCGCUCUCGGCGGCGGGUCCCGCUCGGCCGGCGCGCCCUCCAUGCGGCCGCCCAGCAUGUCCGGGCACUGUCUGCUCGCGCCCAUCCCCGAGUCCUCCUCCGAUUGCCUCCCGCCCAAGGACAUCAAGCUGGCCGUGCUGGGCGCCGGCCGCGUGGGCAAGAGCGCAAUGAUCGUGCGCUUCCUCACCAAGAGAUUCAUCGGCGAUUAUGAACCGAAUACAGGCAAGUUGUAUUCACGGCUCGUCUACGUAGAGGGGGACCAGCUAUCCUUGCAGAUUCAGGACACCCCCGGGGGCAUCCAGGUCCAAGACAACCUCCUCCAGGUAGCUGAUCCGCUGUCCAGGUGCGUGCAGUGGGCAGACGGCUUUCUGCUGGUCUACUCCAUCACCGACUACGACAGCUACCAGGCCAUCCGCCCCCUCUACCAGCACAUCCGGAAGGUCCACCCUGACGCCAGGGUCCCCGUCGUCAUCGUGGGCAACAAGGGGGACCUUCUGCAUGCCCGGCAGGUGCAAACGCGUGAUGGCGUUCAACUAGCCAACGAGCUGGGCAGCCUGUUCCUUGAAAUUUCCACCAGUGAAAACUACGAGGACGUCUGCGAUGUGUUUCAGCACCUCUGCAAAGAGGUGAGCAAGUCGCACGGCGUCAGCGGGGAGAGGAGGAGAGCCUCCAUCAUUCCCCGGCCGCGCUCUCCCAACAUGCAAGACCUCAAGAGGCGCUUCAAGCAGGCUCUGUCUUCCAAAGUCAAAGCCCCCUCUGCGCUGGGGUGAACCCGGCUCACCCAGACUCGCCUCCUUUUUACUGAGCGUUUAUGCAGCCGAAAAGACUGGGGAUCUCCCUUUUUAGCCGCACAUUCAAAGUUUAUUUUUAUACAGACCGUUGGUUUUCGAGUGUAUGUGUUUCUGAAAAUUCAGUGAUUGCCUAGAAGUUGGAUAGUUUGUUUGUUUUUUUUUAUUAAACUAAAUUUUUUUUUUUUUUACUGUAAGUGCUAGCCACUUUUCCAUUAAAGGCAAAAUGGCAACAUGGCUC